AUUUCAUCUGCCAGUACACCAGCUCUUCCCAAGAGAACCUGUGCAAACUGCUCAAAUGUUGAAGUGUGACAAUAGUGUUGAUUUUAGGGGCAUUUGCAUCUGAAAAAUUAUCAUCCUGAAAUAUCGAUAUUCUGGGGAUUCUAGCUGGUGAGGUAUGUUGGUAUUUCCUGUAGUGGCAGUUCCCAGAUUUUCUGGUCUCCAGAUCCCUUUACACACUUGAAAAUUAGGAAGACCCAAAGGGUUUUAGUUUUAGAUAGGUUGUAUCUACCAAUAUAUACUCUGUUGGAAAUUAAAACCAAGAAAUUUUAAAACUGUUUAAUUAACUUCUUUAAAAUAAACUGCCCUGGCUGUUAUAGCUCAGUGGAUUGAGCGUGGGCCUAUGAACUAAGGGAUCACAGUUUGAUCCCCAGUCAGGGCACAUGCCUAAGUUGCAGGCCAGUUCCCAGCGGAGGACACACGAGCAGCAACCGUACUUUGAUAUUUCUCUCCCUUUCCUUCCCUUCCCUUCUAAAGAUAAAUGAAUAAAAUCUUUUUUUUAAAUAAAUAAAAUAAACUUAGUGCAUAUUGACAUACAUUUUUUAUUUAAAAAAUAGCUGAAUUUAAAAAAUUUAUUGAGAAGAAUAAUUCAGUGACCAUUACUUUCAUCAGUUUUACAAAAUUGCUGGGUUUUUGUAUCUGUUUCUGUAUGCAGUGUUGCAAAAUACCAUUUUGGAUGAAGUCUAAAGAAAAUCUGGCCUUAAACUGUAAUUGGAAAAGGGAGGUCCACUCUACUAGGCUUUCAGAUAAUUGUGGAUGCUUUUUUGAUGCAACAUCAGAAAACAAGUGUUAGUUGUAACGUGUAAUCUGAAACCAUAGCAGUCGAGUUUUUUACUGUUAAAAUUCCUUGGUCUACAGGGUCUGGCACAACUAAAACCACCCUUCUAUUAUAAACUUUUUUUAAAAAAAAUUUUUAAGUCCUUAAUAUACAUAUAUAUAUAUAUAAUUUUUUAUUUAUUUAGAUUUUAUUUAUUUAUCUUUAGAGGGGAAGGGAAGGAGAGAGGGAGAGAGACAUCAAUGUAUGGUUGCCUCUCAUAGGUCCCCUGCUGGGAACUGGCCUGCAACCCAGGCAUGUGCCCUGACUGGGAAUUGAACCGUGGUUGUUUGGUUCAUAGGCCCAUGCUCAAUCCACUGAGCUACACCAGUCAGGGCCAAAAUCUUUUAUGACAAAAUCAUAAGCAUGUAAUUCUGUAACUUGACAGUAUCACACUCAAGCUCACCAUAUGGCAUUUUAGGUAAAAUGUUCAAAUUAAAACUACAAAUUAUUGCACUCAUAUUAUUACCCUACCAACCACACUCAAACAGGCCUUACUUCUGCUGGACCCUGUAUUUGAACUUUGGUUCUUAUACCCAUAAAUGAUUUUUGCUAUAUGAUCGGAAAAUAUUGGGUCACUGAAUUAUAUGGAUCUUCCAAAUGUUUAUGUAUUUCAUUACACAAUAUUUUUUAAAAAUCAUAUUUUAAAAAAUCACUAACCUCAUCAGGAAAGUCCUAAGUAAUAGGGAACAAGUAAGCUGGAGGUAGCAGAUACUUAUCCAAAAUGUUUAUUUUCAGUGAAAGCUCAAAUUUUAUCAUUGGCAGUGAAUACUGCCAGUUUUUUUUGUUUUGUUUUUUUGAAGUAACAGUUUUACUUUAUUCAUUGUUGAGAAAAUACCUGCUAGGUAUACACUUCUUGAUAAUAAUUUGUCUAAUAGUUUUUUCAAGUAAAAAUGUGUUUCAUGGGAAAAAAUUGCUAACUUAGGUUGUAACUCUUAACAUUACCACAUCUGGUUUUCCUUGAGAAAGCCAUCAUCCUUGGGUGCACAGGGACAACACUUUAUGCCUAUAUACCAUUUCAUUGCACAGAAUAUUUAAAAGAUGUGAUGUAUUCAAGGAUCAAGUUUCAUAAAGAGAAUAAUUUUUACAGCAAAAGCUUGGCAGUGAUAAUACUGGUACUGGCACGUUUGUGCCACUGCCUUGAUUUGUGCUAAGGCUCUGGCAAUUUUACCCACCUCUGCUUUUUUUUUAUUUCCUCUCAACUUAAGUAAAAUUCACAUGACAAAAGACCAUUUCAGUAGGAUUUAGUACAUGAUAGUGUUGUACAAGUACCACCUCUAUCUAGGUACAAAAUGUUUGUCAACCAAAGUAAAAUGCUUUAUUCAUUAAGUAGUUUCUCCCCAUUUCUUUCUCCUUUCCCCUUAGCCCCUGGCAACCACCAGCCUACAUUCUGUGAGUGAAUUUACCUGUUCUGGAUAUUUGGAAUCCUGCAUGUGAUCUUUUAAGUGCCAGGAUUCUUUCCCUUAACAUGUUUUCCAGGUUCAUCUAUGUUAUAGCAUGUGUAUCAGUACUUUGUUCAUUUUUAUAGCUAAAUAUUAUUCCACUGUGUGAAUACGCUAUAGUUUGUUCAUCUUUUCAUUCAUUGAUGAACAUUUGGGCUGUUUAUAAUCUAACUGUAGUGAAUAGUCCUGUUACAAAUAUGCAUGUACAUAUACUAUUUUAGGUACUUAUUUUCAGUUCUUGGGGAUAUUAACCUUGGCAUAGAAUCACAGGGGCCCACUAUUGCUUUUGGGUCGUGAGUUAAAAUGUACAGUGAAAAAGUAAAAAAUAUCUUAAUGUGAAAUAGUUUUGAUCUUGUGGAUUCCCCAAAAGUAUCUGGGGGAUCCCAGGGAUUUGCAGACCAUACUUUGAAAUCUUCUGUCCCAUAGAUUUCAAAGUUGGUCAGGUAUGAAUAUGUGAGUUGUCAUCAUUUUAUUAUCACUAGCACCAUCACUAGCACCAACUAGUACAGAUUAGGUAAUUAACCUAAAGCUGCACUAUCAGAUGUGUUUUAUAAUUCCUACUUUACAGAUGAGUAAAUUAACAGGAAGUAUAAAUGACAUAAGUAAAAACUGGAUACCAAAUUCAGGCUUUCUUAUUUCAAGGCUAAUAUUAUUACUAUUUCACAGUUCUUCGGGUGAAAGAAUUAACAGGGGAGAAGGUUGUUGGAGGAAGUGAUUUUUAGCUUAUGAAGACAAACUAUAAUUAUGGUAAAACUGUUUAAUGGUGCCCUUGUUAUUUAUUUUUGUUAGAGAGAUUUUAAAUCUAAAGGAUGUGAUCAGUGUCCAGCUGGAAGAUACAACCUCUAGCAAAAAUUUUUGCAGCCAGUCUUGUCUAAGAAAACUCUCUGUUACACUAUAUACUGACAGCAUUUCAACUAAAUGCAGCAUGUGUCAGAAGACUACUCUUAUUCAAUAUGAAGUAAAAUAUCAGAAUGUGAAACAGACUCUUUGUAGUAAUGCCUGUUUCUCAAAAUUUCACUCCGUUAACAACCUCAUCAUGAACUGUUGCGAGAACUGCGGGACUUACUGUUACACUAGCUCUGAUCUGUUCCAUAUACUUCAGAUGGAAGGACAGUUCCAUUACUUAAAUAGUUCAAAGACUAUUUCGGCAUGUAAGCAGCAGAAACCAGCCAGAACACUUACGUCUGGUCUUUGCAAAUCAUUGAAGCCCUCAGAUGAAAUGAUUGAGAUCACCAAUGACUUGGGGAAGACAGAGCUUUUCUGCUGUGUUAAUUGUUUCUCUGCUUACAGUAAAGCUAAGAUGGAAUCUUCUACAGUAAAUACUUCUGUGGUGCAUGAUACUUCAGUGGAGCUCCUUUCUCCAGAGAAGCAAUUUUCUCCAAAGAAAGAUACAACUCCAGUUAUUAGCAAUAUAGUGUCAUUGGCUGAUACGCCUGCUGAUACACCUGCUGAUCCACCCAUCAUGAACUCUGAUGUCUUACAAGGUACAGUUUCUUCAGAAAGAGGAAAUGUCCUAUCAGAUGUUUCUAAGAGUUCACCCAGCGAGUCAAGUAGUGGUGUUGCUAAUAGUAGUGUGGAACACCCAAGCCUUUCACCAUCUUCAUCAGUACUCAAUCAGCAUACAAUUGGCUCCAGUAUAGAAGUACAAAAGGACCAACUGUCAAACCAAGACGCUACACACAAUAAGAAACCUAUGAAAAUACGUGAUAGACUAUAUCAUCCAAAAUUUACAUCUAAAGUACAGAAAGUUAAAGGCAAAUCAAAAAGUAUUAAAAAUUUUCAGUGUUCAAAUUUUCAGAAGCCAGAAACCAGUGUUAAAAAGGAUGCAACAUUCUGUUACUCAUGCCAGUUGUUCUGCCAGAAAAAAUAUAGCUAUGGAGGACAGUCAUUUGCAACCCAAGGAAUUUCUAAUUGGAAGAAAACUCUGAAAAAUUUCAGAAAGCAUGAAAAAAGUAAAAUGCAUUUGAAGUCAUUGCAGUUUUGGAGGGAAUACCAGUUUUGUAAUGACACUGUCAGUGACAAUUUACCUAUUCAUUCAAAACAGAUGGAAGGAAAUAAAAAGUACCUAAAGCUUAUAAUUGAAAAUAUUUUAUUUCUUGGAAAGCAAUGUUUACCCUUAAGAGGAAAUGACCAGUCUAUUUCAUCUGCAAAUAAAGGCCAUUUUUUAGAGUUGUUAGAAAUCAGAGCAAAAGAUAAAGGAGAAGAAAUAUGUAGACUUAUGAGCUCACAAGUUGACUUCUAUAAUAGUACGCAAAUACAAAAUGAUAUUAUUGAAAUAAUAAAGACUGAAAUGUUGCAUGAUAUUGUGAAUGAGAUCAAUGUCUCCUCAGCUUUUUCAUUAAUAUGUGAUGAGACAACUUACAGUGCCACUAAAGAACAGCUUUCAGUUUGUGUAAGAUACUCACAAAAAACAUCAAAGGCUAUCUUAAUUAAGGAAAGAUUCUUGGGUUUCAUAGAUGUUGAAGAGAGGACUGGCAUCAGUUUAUACAGGUCUAUCACAACUUACCUGCAGCAAAUUGGAAUUGAUUUGAAUAAAAUAAGAGGCCAGGCUUAUGACAGUGCCAGUAAUUUGAGGAUAAUAUUCAAUGAAAGUGCAGCAGAAUUCAAGAAGGAAGAACCAAGAGCUUUAUAUGUACAUUGUUAUGCCCAUUUUUUGGAUUUGGCAGUAAUUAGGUUUUGUAAAGAAGUAAAAGAACUCCGAAGUACUCUAAAUACUCUUGGUUCUUUGUUCGACACUAUUCAUAUGUCUGGGGAAAUGUCUGCAAAUUUUCAGAAGAUUUGUAAACUAAGUCAAAACAAAACUUGCAAGAAACAUGUAUCACAAUCAUGUUGGACAAUCCAUGAUCAUACAUUACUGUCUGUGAUUGAGGGUCUUCCAGAGAUUAUCGAAACAUUGGAAGUUGUAUCAAGCCAUUCUUCUAACACAAGUUUGGCUGAUGAAUUGAGUGAUUUGUUGACACUGGUUUCCAAAUUUGAAUUUAUCUUUUGUUUGAAGUUUCUUUAUCGAGUAUUAAGUGUCAUAGGGAUUAUUUCCAAAGAGCUUCAAAGUGAAACCAUAAACAUUUUUUCUUUGUCUUCAAAAAUAGAAGCAAUUUUGGAAUGUUUAUCAUCUGAAAGAAAUGAUGUCUGUUUCAAAACUAUCUGGGAUGGAGCGGAAGAAAUAUGUCAAAAAAUAACCUGUAAAGGUUUUGAAGUUGAAAGACCUUAUUUUUAUAAAAGAAGAAAAAUUCAGAAAACAGUAGAUCUUGGCAAUUCAGACCGUGUGUUUUUUCCUACCUCAGCAGAAGAACAAUAUAAAAUUAAUAUUUAUUACCAAGGAUUAGAUACUAUAUUCCAGAAUUUAAAACUAUGUUUUUCAGAACUUGAUUAUUGCAAAGUAAAGCAAAUUUCAGAACUGUUACUUAAGUGGAAUGAACCAUUAAAUGAAUCAACAGCCAGACAUGUCCAAGAAUUUUAUAAAUUUGAUGCAGAUAUCAUCCCAGAACUUAGAUUUUAUCGUCAGUAUGCAAAGCUCAACUUUGUCAUAGAUAAUGAUCAUACCAACUUUAUCAAUCUUGGCCAUUUGUUUAUUCAGCAUGGUCUUCAUAAUAAUAUUCCUUGCAUAUCAAAGCUAUUAUAUAUUGCUUUGUCUUGGCCGGUUACCUCAGCAAGUGUUGAAAACUCAUAUUCUAUACUGCCUCGUCUUAAAACAUAUUUAUGUCAUACCAUGGGACAAGAGAAGCUUAGUGGCUUGGCCCUAAUGGCUGUUGAGCAGGAAUUGGUAAAUAAACUGCUGGAGCCUGAAAGGCUCAAUGGAAUCGUGGAAAAGUUUGUAUGUCAGAUAAAAGAUAUAUAGUACUUGCUAAUUUGAAUUUACCAGAAAGAAUUUUUUAUUUCUACUGUAAUUUAAGUUUUUACUUCAGAUUUUUGCCUCUCAGGGUUUUUAUCUUCAACUUGCCUUUUUCACUUUACAUGGUAUUUUUGAGAUUGUCCCAUGUCAGUACGUGAAGAGUUUCUUGAUUCUUUUUUUGUACAAUUGCAGAAGACUUAAUUGUAAGGAUGUACCAUAAUAUAUGGGAAUAGUCUCUACCAAACACAUUUAAAUUCUUUUUUGCUAGUAUAAAUAAUGCUGCAUUUACUAACUUUGCACGUAAGUCAGAUAGCACAUUAGUAAGAUAAAAUUUUAAGUUAGAAUUACCAUGUCAAAAGAUUUGUACACUUUUGAUGGGCAUGUUGCUUUCUGCCAGGAUUGUGCCAAUUUAUAGUCCCACCAACAAUAUGUGAGAGUCAAGUAUUUUUAUCUUUGCUGAUCUGUUAGUCAGAUAAUAGUAUUUUAAUCUCUGUGAUUAAAUCUCUGGAAUUUUGCACUUUCACUUAAGGAUGAGGUUGGGUGUCUGCUUGAGCCAUUUGUAAUCCUUUACUGUGAAUUAUAACAUUUAAAUAUUAAAAUCAAAUAUUGCUGUGUUUUUCCUUGAAAUAAUAGCUGGAUGACAAAAUAGGAAUUCUCAACCUACUUUAUGAAAACGUAACUUUUUCAAGUAACCCCCAAAGGACUCUUUAUCUACCUUUAUACUUUGUAAAAAGUUAAGAUAACAAAGGAAAUCUGUUCCUUAAAGAUCUGAAAGACUUUAGUGGUAGAUAUAGCUGUGCCAGGUAUCUCUUAUGGGGGAAGUAUUUCUCUGGCACUUUUCCCUUGCUGUUUCUUUUCAUCAGUUUUUAUAAUCUAUAUUUUUUCUGAAAAAGAGUAUUUCAUGGAGGAUUUCCU